CUGGCAAGGGCUUCCGCUAAUACGGGCCUCACACUCGUGAGUCGUGCCGCCUCCUCUAACUGGAGAUCGCUGGUGCUUCUGCGUUCGCCGCCCACGACUCUCAGGCAAAAACGAAGAUCGAAAGGGACCCUGAAGGCUGAGCGUGAGACCAAAAGAGGUCACGAUUGUUGUUUUUUUGGGGGUUGCUUUUGUUUUUCUCAAGUCGGCGCUCUUCCCUCGAGCUAACUCGGCCGUUAGGAUAUUGGCCGAGUUCUUCAGGGAGAAGGCUUUUGCAUUUCUCAGCAUGGCCGCGAUGAUCGGAGCUGCGAGCGCCGGAAUUUCGAUCGAUUCUAUGCUCCAUAUUCCGGCCUUUCACGGCCUCAGAACCGUUAGUCCGUCCCCGCUACCAGGAGCAUUCGUGGCGCCGCAUGCCGCCAUGCAGGGACGUCCGUCGGUUAUCACGGCUGUGGCGAUGCCUCUGAAACCUGGAACUACAACUGAACCUAAACGUAGCAAGGUAGAGAUAUUUAAGGAGCAGAGUGACUUUUUGAGGUAUCCUCUAAAUGAGGAGCUAAAGACAGAUGCACCAAACAUCAAUGAACCUGCUACGCAAAUAAUCAAGUUUCAUGGAAGUUAUCAGCAGACGAAUCGUGAUGAACGUGGCUCGAAAUCUUACCAGUUUAUGCUUCGUACAAAGAACCCAUGUGGUAAAGUACCAAAUAGACUCUACUUGGCCAUGGAUGAACUUGCAGAUGAGUUUGGAACAGGGACACUUCGUCUUACCACAAGACAAACUUUUCAGCUGCAUGGCAUCCUUAAGCAGAAUCUCAAGACUGUGAUGAGUACUAUUAUAAAAAACAUGGGUUCUACUCUUGGAGCGUGUGGAGAUCUCAACAGAAAUGUUCUAGCCCCAGCAGCUCCAUUUUUGAGAAAGGAUUACUUGUUUGCGCAGGACACUGCAGACAACAUAGCAGCUUUGCUUACCCCACAAUCUGGUGCCUAUUAUGAUUUGUGGGUGGACGGAGAGAAGAUAAUGUCUGCGGAGCCUCCUGAGGUAGUUAGGGUUCGCAAUGACAACUCUCAUGGAACAAAUUUCCCUGAUUCUCCAGAGCCUAUUUAUGGUACUCAGUUCUUGCCACGGAAGUUUAAGAUUGCAGUCACUGUCCCAACUGAUAACUCCGUCGAUAUCCUGACAAAUGACAUAGGAGUUGUUGUGGUCACUGAUGACAAUGGUGAACCUCAAGGAUUUAAUAUUUAUGUUGGCGGUGGUAUGGGAAGAACACAUCGAGUGGAGGCCACCUUCCCACGCUUGGCUGAACCACUGGGAUAUGUGCCAAAAGAUGAUAUACUGUAUGCUGUGAAGGCCAUUGUAGCCACACAACGAGACAAUGGACGUAGGGAUGACAGGAAAUACAGUAGAAUGAAAUAUUUGAUAAGUGAAUGGGGAAUUGAAAAGUUCAGGAGUGUGGUUGAAAGUUACUAUGGCAAGAAAUUUGAGCCAUUUCGGGGGCUUCCAGAAUGGGAAUUCAAGAGCUACCUUGGCUGGCAUGAGCAAGGAGAUGGUGCACUAUUUUGUGGUUUGCAUGUUGACAAUGGGCGCAUUAAAGGAACUAUGAAGAAGGCUUUGAGAGAGGUCAUUGAGAAGUAUAACUUAAGUGUUCGACUCACUCCUAACCAGAAUAUCAUACUGUGUGACAUACGCCGUGCAUGGAAACGCCCCAUAACCACAACUCUUGCACAAGCUGGUUUAUUGCAACCUCGGUAUGUUGACCCUCUGAACAUAACAGCAAUGGCAUGUCCAGCAUUGCCGCUCUGUCCUUUGGCCAUCACCGAGGCAGAACGUGGGAUACCUGACAUUCUGAAGCGGAUUCGAGCAGUUUUUGAUAAGGUGGGACUCAAAUACGGUGAGUCGUUAGUUGUCAGGAUCACUGGCUGCCCCAACGGUUGUGCAAGACCUUAUAUGGCUGAGCUUGGGUUGGUGGGCGAUGGCCCCAACAGUUAUCAGAUCUGGCUUGGAGGAACUCCCAACCAAACGACCCUUGCAAAAUGCUUCAUGAACAAGGUGAAAGUUCAAGAUCUUGAGAAAGUUUUUGAGCCGCUGUUCUACACAUGGAAACAAAAACGUGAACGAGGGGAAUCAUUUGGUGCUUUCACAGACCGGACCGGCUUUGAUAAAUUGCAAGAAAUAGUGGAGAACUGGAAAGGCCCAGAACCAGGUCGCGCACAGUACAACCUGAAGCUAUUCACGGACAGAGAAACAUAUGAAGCAAUGGAUUCUCUAGCCAAGUUGCAGAACAAAAACGCCCACCAGUUAGCUAUGGAAGUUAUUCGCAAUUAUGUUGCGUCACAGCAUAAUGGCAAGAGCGAGUGACAGCAGAUGGAGCCUUUUUCUGUUCUACAAAACUAUCUAGACUUGUUUACUGUUUCAGGAGGGGCAUCACCAAGAUCACCCGGGCGUCUUUUCUUUCUUCUUUCUCGUCAUGGUAAGAGGCCCCAUGAAUGCAGUUCGCCAUGGGUGCAGCGGCGGCACCGUUGAAGGGUCUCCACUUGGCCCAAACAGCAAGGAUGAGCACCUUCUGGAUAAAGUAGCCUAUCCUCGGGGAGGAGCUCGAUGCUUAUCAAAAUUUCCCCCCCUUUUCUGCUACUGUUGUUUUGCAUAUUGACUGGGCUUCUUUCGUAGUCUGCGCUGAAACUUUUUAGCGGAAAUAAAGGUCAACGCGAUAUAUGGCCUGGACACGAGGCCGGUUUGGCGUUUUUUA